AUGGCAAAACUUAAACGUAUUCAACAAGAAAAUUAUUCUAAAGAGAUUUCACUAUCAAUUAAAAAAUCAAAAAUCACUUUAGAGCAAGCAUUAAUGGAUAUAAUAAUUCGAGAAAAUAUAAAUUCAGAUUUAAGAAAUUAUAUAUUAUCUAAUGAAUUCUGGAAAAAUUUAAAUUUAUUAAGUACUAUUUUAGAACCAAUAGUAGUUACAUUAAAACAGCUUGAAUCAGAUAAUUCGACUCUUUCGUCUAUCUAUUUUUAUUUCAAAAAAGAAUAUACUUAUCAUUCAAUUCGAAUAGUGGCCUAUAUGUUAGAUUCACAGUUUUUAGAAACAAAUAAUCUAUUAGAAGAAGCUAUGAGAUAUUCUGAAUUUACAACAUUUACUAAAGAAAAAUUUGAUCAAGACAAAUCUGUAAACUUGUUUAUUGGUAAGUAUGAUACUAGAACUAAUCAAGAAACUAAUUGUAAUAACAGUGAUAAUGAUGAAUUAUUCGAUAAUGGAUUUGAAAUGAAU